CGAAUUAGCAUAAACGCCAGAGCAGAGAGGGCUUUCUUCCGGAGUCAUCAGCUCGAGCUUCUGCGCCACGAUAAUGGCUGGAAAAGAAUCAGAGUACGACGGUGCUUUGGACUCGGACCUAGUCUCCGAUCAGUCUCUCAAACUCCAAGAUCAGUCAACGCACCUCAGCACCACCGCCAACGCCGCCGCUGGCGGUCUUGAAAUCACCUGCUUUAGCGAGCUAGUCGAUGACGCUACCUUCCACUUCCAAAUCAUUCGUUUCCCUAAACAGAUAUAUGCAUGGAUCGGUUGCAACUCUACGAAAUUCGGUGACUUGUACGCAGCUGCAUCGACACGACCUAGCAACACGGUCGGUGUGACUUCCAUUCUUGGAGGUUCUUCAGGUAACACCGGUUCUGGAAUCGCUAGGCGAUUAGUGUUAAAAACUGGUCUUAACAUAAUUCUUGCUUGCAGUAUCCCAAAGAAUAGCCCCAUGCUUGAGGUUUGAUUUGUUCCUCUAUCAUUCUUUCUCUGUCUCUUAUCAUAAGUCAUAGUAAUGCAUUGAAGUUUCUUUUUGGUAGAAUCUUGUCAUUUUUUUUUCUUGGUUAUGUUUUCACCUCGUUUUGGUAUUGGAGAGAUUGUUUGUUUGAGUAUUCUCACAUUCCCUUUACAUUU